CUUGCUCAUCAUGAGCGUUGCAGUGAAUGGCCACAGCAACGGCUCAAGGCGCUGUGCCUGGGCACCACGCAGUCAAUGGAGUGUGCAAUGGCUCCAUUAACCCUGCUUGGCUUCCUACUCAAGUAGUGGACAUCACGCUGAGAACAACUUUCUCCUUUGAUACAGUAGAGGAGUCGCUGGAUGCAUUCGCGCGGGGUGAAGCCAUUGUUGUCAUGGAUGACGAGCGAAGAGAAAACGAGGGCGAUAUCAUUAUUUCUGCAAGUCAAUGUUCCAUCGAAGCGAUGGCAUGGAUGAUCAAGCACACGAGCGGGUACAUCUGCAUCUCUCUUCCUCAGGAGCGUCUUAUCGAGCUUGAAAUUCCGAUGAUGGUCCCCAAUAACCAAGAGCGACACAAAACCGCUUACACCAUUACCGUAGACUAUAAACAUGGCACAACAACGGGCAUUUCGGCCCAUGACCGAUCACUCACCGUGCGCAAGUUAGUCGACCCAACUUCGACAGCAUCUGAUUUCAGUCGUCCGGGACAUAUGGUACCCUUGCGAGCACAGCAAGGCGGUGUUCUGGAACGCCGAGGUCACACGGAAACUGGUGUCGAUUUGUGCGCCCUCACUCAUCAACCUCUAGGGGGUGUAUUAUGCGAGUUAGUGAAUGACGAUGUGUUUGGAACCAUGGCGCGUCGCGAUGAUUGCAGGGCAUUUGCCGAUCAAUGGGGCCUGAAAAUGAUCAGUGUAGAAAUGUUGGUGCAGUUUAGGGAGAGGAAGAAUAGUGCAAAAUUAUGACGGAGGAUACGCUUGAAGUUGGCGUAAUUGUAUCAUCAUAGUCUAGCCAUAGGUAAAUCUAGAGGAGUAAACUCUGGAGUCUGGACGGGUUUUCGCGUCACAGCACGUCACAUUUCCUUGGUCACACUACUGUCACGUUCAAUAUAAAUCAUUGCG